ACCUCUAUAGGUGGGGAUCGUCUUCAUAUAAGUGGCACAUUCGGUUUCCCAAUUUUAGAAAUUGAUCUGUGUUUCGAUCAGCAAACCACAAAAUGUUUAAAUUGGCAGUUGUCUGUGGUUUGAUUUGCGCCACCUUGGCCCUUCCUCAACAAGCUGAUCCGAAAUUAGCCCAAACCCUUAAAUCGGCUAACGACAUAUCUCCGGAUGGCUAUCAAUACUCUUAUGAAACCAGCGGUGGGAUAUCCGCUGAAGAGACAGGCAAACUGGUAGUAGGAUCGGAUAAUGUUUUCAAGUCUGUACAAGGGAGAUAUAGCUACCCAUCCGACGACAAUCAACAGAUUGAACUCACUUACGUUGCCGAUGAAAAUGGAUUUCAGCCUCAGGGACCUCACUUGCCUACUAUACCUCCAAUACCGGAAGCCAUUUUAAAAGCUUUAAAAUAUAUUGCGGAACACCCACCACCGAAAGAAAACUGAACGUAACGGUGAACGGUCAUACCACUUUUUAUAUUAACGACCUUAAAAUGUGCUUUAAGGUGUGUCGUGUUAAUAAUAAUUAUCGUACAUUACACGAUAGUUUAAAUAGAUCAUUAUAAAAAUCAUUUUUAGUUUAAUUUGUUUGUAUUAUUUCUACA